ACAACAUCUCUGAAUCACCUCACCGGAAUGGCCUCUCUUCCUGCUCGUCAGCCGUCGCAGUCACGCCGUCCAGCAACGUCCGAGCAACCAUCACAGUCCCCAGCAUCAGCAUCUUCACAGGCCGCGGGGUCAUCACAGUCACAUGCGUCUUCAUCACCAGUCCGAGCACGAUCUGGGGACUCGCAAACGAUCUUCGUUCACAAGCCAGAUGAAGAGGACAUCCAAAUAGAGCAGGAAUUAGAACUGGGCUCACAACAGGCACCGCAAGCGCAAGAGGAAGAGGAAGACGAGAAGCGAUGUUGGAUAUGCUUUAGCGAUCAGUCAGAAGACACACCCACGACGUCGCCAUGGCGAGAUCCAUGCCCAUGUGCUCUCGUCGCGCACGAAGAAUGCCUUCUGGAUUGGAUCGCCGACUUGGAAGCUCCAGGUCAGCAGAACCGUCGGGGUGAGUAUACUACACCCAAAUGCCCGCAGUGCAAAGCGGAGAUCAAGCUGUCACGUUCCACGGACCUCAUCGUAGAUGCGUCGCGGGCGGUGGACCGUAUGAAGUCCAAAGUGGUGACGCCGACGGUGCUUGCAAUGCUGAGCGGAGGACUACAUUACAUGAGCACGGCGUGGGGCAUACAUUCCAUCUACGCGGUCUUCGGAGCUGAGGACGGACACCGAAUACUACGACCAGUCUUGUACAACACGAUACGAGCCCCAGUCGAGGUAUAUGUCAACUCACCGCGGGACGCUUCGAGGGUAAUGUUGGAUCUGUUCCUCGACCGGCUUCAGCAUUGGAGACUGUACCUUGGGCUGCCGCUAAUCGGUCCCGUCCUUAUCCUCUCACGAAUGUCCUUUGCAGACAGCAUUCUGCCAGUGCUGCCGAUCUUCUUCUUCGCCACGCAAAACUAUGCUUCCAACGAUACCGUCGAUCUGACACAAUGGCCACCCUCUGCCAGCUUCGCAUUCGCCUUAUUACCAUACGCCAGAGCGGCGUACAACGCUUACUAUCAGAGAUUUUGGGCAGAGAAGGAGAAGCAAUGGUUGAAAGAGGUUCAACCACGAGCAGGGCAGAACUCCAACGAAGCUGCGGGCGGGAAUGCUGCAGGCGGGAAUGCCGCACCGCAAGGGGAUGCAGACGACAAUGUUGUCGAAGUCCACGUCGAUGAAAUUCGAGUCGAUGGGGGCAUCUUCGGCGACUGGGAGGUUGCGAUCGAGGAAAUCGCCGCUGGCCAGCCGAAUGACGCGCCGCCGCCGAAUCGGAACAACGACGGAGCCGCCGCACCAGCUCCGGUCAUACGCGAUGGACGGAUACAGCCAUAUGCAGAGCGCCUCGCAGGCCAGCUCGUCGAAGCGGAGCAAGAUCUGGAUCCGGAGGCUCGUCAACAACAGCCGGCUGCUGACCCUCAACCCGCGCAACAACCUGAACAGCCCGCCGAACGCCGCCUUGCCACGACUGGCACGGCGAUCGCGGGUCACUUCGUCGGUGCGUUGAUGUUCCCUACUGUUGCUGGUCUCGCCGGAGAGUUUCUAAAGCUCGUGCUUCCCGCGUCCUGGACGGCGCCGUCAACUGCCGUGAAGUGGCUAUCCUGGAAUGGAGAUUACUUUCCGAAGAAGGGAGGAUUCUUUCAGGCAAAAUGGGCGAGGAGCCUUGUUGGAGGAUGUCUGUUCGUGGUGUGCAAGGACGCGUUGAGGUUGCUUCGGAUUGCAUCGGUAAGAUCGGAGCGGGCGCUAUCGUGGACAGAGGCCGAUAAGCUGGGACGCGCCUAUCAUGCGCAGACACGAUAUCAAGAAGAGAUACGAGACGCUAUCGAGCGGAAACGGGUACCGCUAUUCGGACCAAUAACGACUUCAUGA